UAACUUCGCUUUCAUCCGAGCAAAGUAGUUUAAGCACUUGCAAGUAUUAAGUUGCUUUUCAGGGAGGAAAUAUUCACGGGGAAAAAUAGUCGAAUAAUACAAAAAUUGUUGGAAAUUUAUCUUCCUAUGUCUUUUUAGUAGCGACCAAAUUUUGGUAUUAUUAUUAAGCGCCGAAUACGAACAGUAAAAAUUCAUAAUUAAUAUAGCUCAAUAGACAUUUAAACUACAUGUACAGCUACCUAAAUGCACGAUUAUCUGCGUUGAUUUUCAUCAGCCUUAUUAAUUAAGGCUUACUUUUCGUUGUCGACUCGACUCAUGUACUAUUUAAAUGUACCCCAGCUACUCUUCAGAAGUAUACUACAAUAUACCACGGGUACAUUAUCGUUGAAUAUUGAGCUACUUACCACGGUGCCUAUACCGCGUGACUUUUUAAGAUAUGUGUUGGGAGAAUAAAGCGCGACCCAGAUAAAAAAUUUAACGAUGCCUUGUUAAAUAUUUUACCAUGUUUCAGGGGAUAAAGUGGAGAGCCCGCUCAUUCGCUAUCCUAAAUUCAUGGACGUCUGCAAGAAGGCAUUGUGAAGAGCUGCUAUGUAAACUACCGACCAGAUCAGUUUAAGUCACGCCAAAACGGCUCAAAAACUAACUAUCUAAUCACCAGGCCGAGGAGGCGAACUGUAUCAAUGGCUGACGAAGGCAUCAGACGUGAUGAACCAGGAGAAGUCCUUAAACAGUUUCAAAAUGAACAAGCCUCUGCUGAGACUUCUACUUUAAUGAAUAUUCUGGGUUAUGGGCCUCACAUGCGACAGGCUCGGAUAGAAGCAUACAAGGCUUUUGACAGGCAUAUGACUGCAGAGGUGCGUGGUAUUGCAACGUGGAUCACCACGGGUAGCAAGGCUGAGGGUCUGACCAGCUAUCUGGAGAGCGAUGUAGACAAGUUGUUUGUUACAGAAAGUGUCAUCUGUUUAGAAGAUGAUGUUGAUUCAAGUAGCGUUCCUGUGGAGACAACCAUAUUUAGAUCCUGCAGUCGUAUUAGUUACUCCGGACACUGUAGACUGCUACUAGAGAGAUACGGUACAACUAUUCCUAGAAGCGUGUACAAUGCCUUGUGUGAUGAUGGAUUUGGUCGCGGACUGUUAAGCAGCGACUUAUAUAUUAAUCAGGGGUUGAACGUUAAACUGGAGGAAGGCACAGUACAACGUGAGCGUGCUGGACCGUCCUUGCCAAGAACAAUUAGUGAUCUUGAAUGCGAUACCGUGUCUGCGCUACAUUUUUACUGCCCCAGCAUCCUAACAAGAUGGGCGGCACGACAUCGCUACUGGCCAUCACCUGACGUCGUUAGGGAGGUUGUAUCACUUGGAGCAUUUGUUUCUCCUGUUGGGGUUAAAGGCAGCGAUUAUGAACCUGUUGAAUGGAGAAUGUGUUUUAACACCGGGGAAAACGUACUGAUAAAUAAUCUUAACGACACUCAGGUUAAAUUAUAUGUGCUAUUAAAAAUGGUGAAGAAAGAUGUAUUACAACCGCAAAAGAAGGAGGUGACAUCGUUCACGGUUAAAAACAUUGUAUUAUGGAUAGCAGAAAAUAACCCGCACUCAUUGUUUCAUGAAAGAAGUCUGUUUCACUGGCUUUAUGAAGGAUUAUAUGCGCUAAGAGUUGCUAUAGAUACGAAAGAGCAGCCUUAUUACAUGAUCCCAGGGCGAAAUCUAAUGGCAGCCUGCGCUCUGGAUCAUGAGCAAAAACGUUCUUGGAUAGCUACUAUUGAUGAAAUGAUUGAGGAAGGUCCCCGGAUGAUAUUGAGACUACCGAAGAUAAGACAAGCUAUAAUUGCUCACCCUGAGCCACUACGAUGGUACAGCGGGAGGAGGAUAGAGAUGGAGAUGUUGGUGCUGAUAUACGUGAACAGACAUGCCCUCGGCAUGGAUGUAGAGACGGAUGUUAUUAAGCAGGCACUAAUCAGACGUCAGUUCGAGAUUGAGAGGGAGGUUAGGAUGAGGAUGGUUAUGGAAGGGUGUCGAGUAAAUGAUUUCUCGUAUGAUUGGAGAAGCAUGUUGAUGUUAAAUGAUCACACAUAUCAAAAGACAUUUGACUUGCACCUGAAACUCACAUAUAUAGAGUUAUCGUCUGUUGGUAAUUAAUAGUUAUUGUUUGGCAGAAUACUUUAGAAAUGUAAUCUUCGUUAAGAAAACUGUUCAUAUUUACUUUUGUAAAAAAUGUUGUAUUAUUCUUACAAUGUAUAUGAAACGACUAAACGACAAUGUAAUGCUUAUUUAAAACAUUAAUCACAUUUAACGAUAACAUAAUGUUUAAACGCGUGGGCUCUCGUAUAGUCAGAUCUCCAUGAUGUCAUGUAUAGUAUGCUUGGCAUGCGUCCAUGAACGAGUUGUAACCCAAUGAACACUACGUUAAUGGGGAAGCAGGUUUAAUAUGUAUGUCAAUAUAAAAAAACAACACGCCAAUACUUGUCCAUUAAAUACAUAAAUGUGUUUUUACUUACACAUUAAACGCAUAUAUGGAAAAUUUGCAUCGAUACUACAAAACGAUGCACGCUAUUGCCUUGCUUUAUAGUAUCUUCCACGUCAUGACGGUGUAAAUUUCAAGAUUAAAGAGUUGUUUUUUUCAUCUGUGUAAUCAUAAGUGGUCUCUGUGUGAAUCAUGUUUAAAAUGAGAACUUGUACAUCAAGGUCAUUUUCCUCCUUGAUGUUUUUGCAAAAUCUCUCCACUGUAGACAGUUUAAAGCAAAUUACAUUGGUGUUUGCAUUCUUUGUUGCCUUUCGAUUUGCCUACGAUAAAAAGUCGAACUUCGUGGCUUGUGACUGUAAGUAGUAGUAAAUACUUUAAAAGAGCGAACAACUUCAGUGCCUUCAGUGCCUUGAUCUGUUACCAAAACUCACACUGAAAUAUGGCAAAAUGUACCACUUAGUUUAUAUGUAAGCAUAAUUAUUUGUGUUUUUGGUUCGAUGUUAAAAACAGUAACAACAAAAGGCAAGUUUAAACACAUGUUUCGACCUUUAAAGUCAACCGUAUAGUGAAUAAAAAUAACAAUCACAAACAUAUUUAUGUAAAGGCUCUAAAGUGAAAAAGGUAUUGGAAACAAUUAUCUUUUAACCCUCUUCCACUUAGAUACGUAUUCAACCCUUUACCACUUAGAUCCGCAUUUUGACGAAUUGUAGUCCCAUAGAAAGUUAAAUUUAAUUAAAUACCUUUAUUACUAAAUUCAAGUUUCAAAGGCUUCAUUUCCAACCCAUAGAUACUGAUGAGCAGCAAACAGCAUAAAACCUGAACAGACUGCCAGUUACUCGCAUGCUGUUAUGGUUUUAUGCUGUUUGCAUAUAGCCAUGUGCACGUUGCUUCUGUGUGGUAAAGGGUUAAACACAAUGUAUUGAGCAUAUGAAACACACACAACAACAAAUUGUUAUAGUUUGUAAAAAUGUAAAAGAGUGUUGUGUAAAAGUUUUUGUUUAAAAGAACAUUUUGAAAAAAUACCAGGUUUUGAACAUUUCAAUAUAUACUUUUGUACAAUAUAAAUGUUAAGGCAAUACAUUCUUAUUUUCAAAAUGGUGAAAGUAUUUACUAUGAAAUAAAUACUCUAAAUUGAUAAUUUAGCCACUAAGAACAUUUUUGCUCUAAAUGCUGAGUAGAACAAAUAUGAAAUUUCUGGGCGAAAAAGGUUCUAAGUGAUAUUUUUGCAAAUAACUUAUUUAUUUGCGAAAGUAAAAACAUGCUUAAAUUUGAUUAGA